AACAGGUCAAACCGCUCUCCAAACAGAAGUGACGACCGAUGAAGAUUGGCAAGAGAUUUUAUCUCGAAAAGGUUUAAUACUAGUCGACAUCUACUCGGAAUGGAGUGGCCCGUGCACCGCCAUGAUCUCAACGCUGAGAAAAAUCAAAAUGGAGGUUGGCGACAUGCUGAGCUACGCCGUAGCACGAAAUGACAGCAUCCAGGACCUGGAGAGAUUCCGAGGGAAGUCAGAACCCACGUGGAUGUUCAUUGAAGAUGGGCAAAUGGUGAAUCUAUUUUAUGGGGCGGACUGCCCAAAAUUUUUAAAAGCCCUGCGCUCGGAGGUUAAACGAGUGCAGGAGGGAGAACAACCUGAUUGGGUACUUCCGGUUGCUCAGAGAGGGCCUGAAGAAAGUGUGAGAUAUGCUCGAGAGGAAAACAUCAGGCAAUCAAUCUUAAACAAACAACUCGCCAAGAUCGAAGGAGAGAAACGUGCAAUCUACGAAGAGUACCUUUACUACAUGAUGUGCGAGUUAUCGGAGGAAACAAUUUUGAUCCUGUACCCAUGGGUCUUUCUCGACGACGCGAGAUACGCGAAAGAUAAAGAAAAAUGUCCGCCCUACCGGGAGCUGAUUUAUGGGCUGCUUCCGGAUCGGUUCGAUGUCCUUGAGCAAAGCAAGAUACAGCUGGACGAGGAUAUGGUGAGGAAGAUGCACGUGGAGACUGAUGUCGAGGUCACAGAUGACUUGAUUGAAGGUCUGGUGGAGAAUAAGAUUCUCGCGAUGAGGCUCAAGGCACGCCCCCCACCCGCGGAUUGGCCGGUACCAUAUCCUUUCAAAUGCCCUGAUGAUGAUAAGAAGUGUCCAAUGAGAGAAAUUAACGACGUGGAGAAUUAUCUUUCACUGAUUCUCGAGGAGAAAUUCGUUGGGGAUGAUCAGGAGGGGGAUGAGGCUCUCAGCUACGUCGAGAGACAUAAAUUCGUGGUUAGGUGGGGUGAAGAUGAAGAGGAGGAAGAGGAUGGAAGGGAAGUAGUUUAUCCUGCUGUCUUCUAUUCACCACAAGCUAGGAAUAAAGUUCAUGUGUUCAAGACACUGUUCUCGAGUUAUUUGGAGAAAUCUCAUCCUUAUGAAGAGCCAGUGAAGCUCGCACCGCUGUGUGCAUUUAAAUUCGACUCGAGUCAGACAAAAAUCGUUUUGGAUUGCUACAAUGAUUUUUUGGAGGCCAUAGAAAAAUUCGGAGUAUUUGAGUUUAACGAUUGGAGGGCGCGGCGACUCGCGUCGAUUCCGGAGGACUUCAUCGACAAGAUUCAAACGAAAACCGGGGAUGAAAUAUUUUUGUUCGUCAUCCGUCGGUUGAAGGACGAAACUUUUUUAUCAUUCGCGGGGAGCAAUCCUCUCGAGAUUGAAGAAGACGAAUCCAAGGUCAAUGAGAUCCUGGACUUGUUCUUCCCUGAAGGAGCACUCGAGUACAAUCCUGACCUAGUUCACGUCGAAGAGAGUCACGACGAAUUUUUCGACGCGAUCGAAGAAGCUGAGGAUUACGAUGAUGAGGAAGAGUUCGUGGAAAAUCAUAAAUUGUCAAUUCCUUAGGCACUUGGAUUUCUUUCAAAAAGCUUGGUUUUUUUUGCUGGAAUUCUGAACAUCUUUACUCGCUGGUACUCAGUGUUACGCAAACAAUUGCACAAUAACU